AUGUUUAUUAUAUUUAGUGACCUUGCUGAUACCCGAGACGGUAAGUUGGAUAUAAAAAAUAAGGAACGUCAGAUCAUAGAAUUCUGCAAGGAUUCAAGAUUAAAUUGCAAUCCGGAGUUAUGUGAAUUACCGACGUACAAAAACGUUAUGAAAAGACAAUGUCGUCGAACUUGUGGAUACUGUGAACCAUGCGAGGAUUCCAAGGGUAAAAUCGUUUGUCGCGAAUCCCGAUUGCUCUGUUCGGAAGUUUUCUUUAUGCCGAUUUUAAAGCGAUUUUGUGCUAAAACUUGUGGUUUCUGUGGUUUCUCCAGGAAAACAAAAUCCAAGGCAAACAAGAAGGCCCCUAAAAUAAAUAUGGAUCCUGAAAUGGCACAUGCCGAUAUGUUGGAGACGUGUCGCGAUAAGAGCUCCGAUUGUGAUAAAGAGCUCGACUUUUGUGAAGACCGCAUUAGAGCAGACGUGCUUAAGGUAAGGUCCCCAAAAAAAUGUCAUAUUGAUAGGUCAUGUGCGCCGAGACCUGUGGAUAUUGCGAAUCUCAUCAUUGCCAGCAAUAUGAUUCACUCUGUGAACAUGAAUUGGUUGGAGAAUUUAUGCAAAGAAGAUGCAAAGAUACCUGUGACUUCAAAUUAAAUCACAUGUUUGAGGAGGAGGAAGAACGGCGGCCAAUUCUCACAGAACAGAAAACGCAACAUGAUGACAAGAAGAAACCGGUCAAAUUGGAGUUUGAACGAUUACAAGAGACUUUAAAAGCGAACAACUACUCUGCCCCGGCUCCAAACUCCACAUACUCCACACUCCCCCCUCCCCCCACCUAUCCCCUUCCUUAUUCUCAAAUCCCGCCCCAAUCCAGCUAUGCCCGUCCGCCCGGUUGUGUCAGCGCUGGCUGUGACUACCCGGUUUAUAAUUCGUACGGUAUGUGGCCUCACACCUUUAAUUAUAGUUUAGCUUUACCCAACCCUUGCACUGACCUGUGGCCGAGUUGUCAGCCUACUUAUUGCGGGGGAUUCCCACAAUAUUGCCCGCAAACGUGCGGAUAUUGCUAAUGGAUUUUCACCGAACAUCUAUCUCCUCAAACGACUGGAUGAGAUUCCAUCAGAGAUAUCUUAUGUUUGUACAGCUGUUUGUUUCCGAUUUUUUAAUAAAUUGACAUAGAGAAUACAAAUCCAGAAAUGAUCUGAAUAUUAUGUUUAAACGCUUUCUCCUUUUCUGCUUCCUUCUUUUUUCAGUCCACUCACAGCUUUGCACAGAUCCCGGGCUUACAAAACUUUCAGGUAACUCAAUUUUUUAAACAAGGAUAACUUACAGUAUGCACUAACAAUGUCUGUGAAGACGAUGCGACCAAAGAAUGCAUAAAGAACCCAACUGAUGAUGUCACUUUUUGCUGUAAGUUGCACAAAUAUACACAUAUGGUAAUAAUCCUCUUUCCCAGGCGUCGACGACGAUAAAGAAGAAGCAAUCAUCACAACAGGUAGAAAACACCUUUAAGUAAUCUUUCCAUCCUUUAGAACCAAGCACAGCAUCCACACUACCGUCUAAAAAAUGUCCUGAUGGAAGUGUACCACCAUUACGUAAGUCCUCAAGCCUGCAUCUAAUCUUAAUCAGCCUGUGAAAACAGUGUGUGCCCUCUGGGAGAUAAAUACGUGUGUCAACUGAUAGAAAGCUCUAUUUUCUGUUGUCCCUAUCAAAAGCCGGAUUUCAACUUUAAAACGACGACGAUAUCAACAAGUACUCUGAUGACUACUACUACAUCACAAUCCCAUAUAUGCAAAGAUGGAACAGAAGCCGGUGCAGGUAACAACAAGCAAUAGUGAUUACAAUAUUCAUGUACUCAGCUUGCGAAAACGGAGAAUGUUCUCUUGGUGACGCCUACACCUGCGAAUUAAUAGGGAAGCAGACUUAUUGCUGCCCAUACAAGGCAACAACACUUCCGGUGUCGACGACAGUCACUGUGUCCUUCCCUGAAAAACUUUGUAAAUCGGGAAGCAGCUCACCCGAGGGUAAGAGAUAUGUAAUAAAUUCAUGUUCAUUUAAGCUUGCAAUAAUCAUGUAUGUGCCUUGGGUGAUGGCUAUAUUUGUGAGAUUGUUGAUGGAGAAAACAGAUGUUGUCCUUAUGUCCCUCCACAGUUUGAAUGGAAAAGUACAACAAUAUCCACGGUCAAAACAACCCCGGCCGAAAAAGUCUGUAAAGAUGGGACUACAUCUCCCCAAGGUAAGCCUUUCUUCACUCCACUCACGUAAUUGACAGUCUGUGAAAAGUCUAAGUGUCCUCUGGGUGAUGGUUAUAUUUGUGAACUUAUCGAACAUACCCCGUACUGUUGCCCGUAUCGUCAACCAGACUUUAACUUCAAGACAACAACAGCAAGUACAAGCAGUACAGGAAUAUCAUCAACCACUACUUUGUUUCCGACAACAUCGACAAUAACAUCCUCAACCAGUACGGAAAUGACUUCCACGACAGAGUUAACAACAACAGCAGCCAGUCCAACAGCGCCUACAACUACUGGAACGUCAACCACAACUACAACGACAACCACAUCACCGACAACGAAAGAGCGCACCUCCACGUCCUCUACCAGUACAACAACCACAAUACCCACCACAAUAGUGUCCACUUUAUCGACAGCUUCUACAGAGAUUAG